CAACAAACGGAUGCAAGUGAGCGAAGUAUUCCUCUGUUAAAUUGGAUAAAAGUAAAUAAUUUUAUUUAUUCGGUGCUAGUUAGUAGUUGGUUCUGGAGUUGUGAACCGAACUUCUGCAGUUCAUAACACAGACGAAGUUCAUGACAGCCGAGAUCGGUUCAAUCCGCUGUUCUCGGUUCAAUCCGCCGUUCUCCUGCUCUUCACCGAAGCUUUUCCACAUGUUGGACUCCGCUGCAGAGCUCAUGAUGGUCCAGGGCGACUUCCAGGGGGCUUUUGAUGCCUGUAACGCGGGUCUGGAGAACCUGGGGCGUCUGGAGCCAGAAGACAGGUCUGAGGAGAUAAAAAUUGGAUUCUGCAUUCUGGGGAUCCAGGCUCUGGCUGAGCUCAACCAGUGGCGGGGGGCUUUUUCCUGGGUCCUGCAGCACUACGGGCAGCAGGAAAAUGUGCCUGCUAAGAUCAUGCAGCUGUGCAUCCUCCUCUACUCCAAGGUCAAGCAGCCUGCUGUGAUGCAGCAGGCGACCCUGGCUUGGCUGCACAACCCGCAGAACGUCCGGGCCGCCGGGUUCCGGCUGGUGGCGGAGCUCUACCUGCUGCACAUCCUCCUGCCGCUCGGACAGCUGGAUGAGGCGCGGGAAUUUGUUAGUGGUGACUUUGGACGCAGCACUUUCACAGAGGAGCAACGGCAAAAAGCUUUGGACGUGGUGGAAGAAAAAAGUCGACAGAAUCAAGAAGACCCAAUCAAUCCAGAAGAAACUCCAGAUCCUGGGGCUGGACAAUCACAACCCGACUCAAUUCAGAGGCCUUUACUCCAUAAAGUUGAAGCCGUGUUCAGGACGUUUUACAGAAAGUGCUUGAGGACCGGAUCCAACUCAUCCCCUCUGCAGAAACUCCUCCUGGCCGCCAUUCUUCUCUACAUGCUUCUCUUCAGAUUGGACUCAGCUUUCCCGUCGUCCUAUAUGUGGAUUGUCAAACUCCUUCAGCUGAUUAAGCAGACGUGGAGAGCGAAGUUUACGUCAUAUCGCCCUCUGGUGUAGAGGAGGAAACUGCACAUUUAUUUAAUCUUUGAGUUUUGCAACAUUCUGUUAGGUUGAUUAAAUUAAGAAAAUAUUU